CCGGGCCCGACGGAGCGGCCUCCGCCACGGCCGCCGGCCCGGCGCGCGCCCGACGCCCAGGGCCACCUGAGUAGCAGAUGAUACUUUGUUUAAGAACUACAAUCUUCUGUAUCUUCACUGUGCUUGGAAAACCUAAUUAAAAUGACCUGAGGACUCUUUUCAUAAAAGGUUAACAGUUCUACAAGGGAUGCUCUAAUGGAUGACACAGAAAGUCCGACAGGUGACCUGCAGAUAACAGCCCAAGGUGCAUGUUGUUCUGGUGACAGUGUGGAAAGUCCAGGAACCUAUUUGCCUUCUGCUUCUGAUGAAAAUGAAAACCAACUUGCAAGUGAUGGGCAUGAGGCUCUGACUGGCAGUGACAGUUCAGCGGCAAACCAUGAAAGCCUGGAGCAGGACAAUCUCAAUAAUAACGAGAGCGGCAGCAAGGCCGCUGAAGCAUUGAACUGUGAAGCAGCUGCAAGCGAAAACAACCCCGAAAGCAUCCCCCCAGACAAAAAGAUAGUCCCAGGAAAGGCGAGACAAGCUUCUGGAAAAGAAAGCUCCAGAAGCAAAAGGGGCACUAUCAAGAAGUCCUCAGGGCUUCCUGUUGAAACAACAGAAUUCAUUCUAGAAAAUAAAUUUGAUAUCGCCACAUUUUCUGUGCUUGACAAGGAUGCAGAUAAAAAGCCUGGUAUUUACCACUUGGAGGAGCAAAAGCAAGGUUCACAGUCCCUCUUCUCCCUCAUCCGAGAUGAAUUUGAGCAGCUGAAUUCAACAAUUCUGCCCUUAUAUCUUCACCAGAUAGCAGAGACCUAUUUUCAAGAAGAAGACUAUGAGAAGGCAAUGAAGUACAUUCAUCUUGAACGGUUAUAUCAUGAAAAAUUACUGGCAAAUCUCUCCUCCAUUCAAGAGCAGUGGGAGGAAAAGUGGAAAGCAGCAGAACCACGAAAUAUGCCAUUUAGGAAUUCUGAGAAAGACCUUAACAGUGAAGAAUUUGAAAGGCUUGCUAAACUUUGUACAUCACAUCAAGAACCACUUACAUUCAAGCAUAAGGUAAUAGCUACAAAAAAUGUCCUGCAGACAAUACAUCUAUCAGAGUUAACAGAAUCUGAAGUUCUGGAGGAAAGAGUGGCUGCUCUCAAAAAGUCAGGUUGUGAAACUAGACUUGGUAUUAAACCAAAAGAAGUAAGCCAGCAUCAACAGGUUCAAACGGGUGAGAGCGUCCCUUGCAGGAGCCAAAUUGAUAGGCUGAAAGAGGCGGUGAGCCUUCUUCUAGGAACUGAAGGAAAGGACCACAUGGAGGAGCAGCACUGCAGCACUGAAUCAGCACCAGAGCUACACCCCCAGUCAUCGGAGAGAACAGAGAGCCAGCCUUACUCUGACUUUUCAGAAAAUGCCGGUAAAGAUGAGGAGAAUAGCCUGCAGCCAGCUGAGACCGAGGUCUGCAAGAAUGUAGCAAAAAUAGAAGACGUUGCUGGCAGUACGCUCUCUUAUAAGCUAGCAGUGGACCCAUUGAUUUUAACAGGCACUGCAUAUUUAUCUCCCGAUCUGAUUUCGGAGGAUGAAAAUCCACAAGCUGAAAGAAAUGUGCUCAGGUUGCAACUCUAUGCUGCUUCUCAUCUGCCUGCCAGAGACCAACUGGGGAAUAAUGCAAUAAAUCAGCAGCAGCCUGAUCUGGCAGACAAUGAUGGAAAAUUACAACAGGAUAGAAUGGACUCAAAUUCUUAUGAAAACAAGCACUGUGGAAACAUUAUUAAUAAGGCACCUGAUUUUAAAAAUACUGAGCAUCCCAAAGUAUGUAUGGGAUUAGAGGAGAGGGGAGAAAAUAAUACUGAGGAAAAUAAUGAAGAAACAACUUACUUGGCUAGGCUCGUAGGAGAAGGCGUAAAUGACAGUGAAGAUUUCCUUCCAUACCAGGAAAUCCAGGAGGACUCUGACAUCAUUCAAGAUCUCUCGCCUGAAGAAGGUUCGUACAAUCUUCAAGAGACUGUAUCUUCAGAGGAUACCUAUCUUUCUCUCGACGAUCUUGCGAAAAGGAUUGUGAUCGCUGAGGUUGCUCCAGUACAGGGAUUAGUGUCUAUUCUUAAGAAGCGAAAGGAAGGAGAAGGAAAUCAGCUUGCCCAGAUGCAGGUUAAACCAUCGAAGAGAAGAGUGAGAUUUCAAGAAAUGGAUGACACAUUGGAUCAAGAUGAAGCUGGUGGUGGUUCCUGCCUUCUGCUGAUCUUGCUGUGCAUAGCAACUGUCUUCCUAAGUGUUGGAGGAACCGCAUUGUACUGCACCUUUGGUGAUACGGAGUCACCUGUAUGUACUGACUUUACAGCCAACGUGGACUUUUAUUAUACCAAGUUACUGCAGGGAAUGGAAGAAGUUAAACACUGGAUUUUAUAGCAUCACCAAAGAGCAGGAAAGCGUGCUGGCAGUGAGAGCUAAUGAUGUGAAAAUAUUUCUGAAAAAGUUUCAUUUCAAGACUUCAGUCAAAUGGGCCACCUUCAGUAAGGUACCAUGGAUAUCAGAAACUUAAAAGUAAAUAGCAGCCCGGAGGAGUGUUAGUUUAGUCAUCAAAAUGGAUUGAACUUGGAGCAUCAAGGGGUGGGAAGAAGCCAUCGUUUUCACCUUUGGAAAGGGCAUCAGCGUCUUCUGGGUGGCUCCCCUAUGAACUACAGAACAAAGAGCAGAUUUGCAGUUCUUGGACAGUGUCACCACCAUCUCUUUUUAGCCAUCUUGGUGUAUAAGAGAUGAAAGAAUACAUUUGGUUUAUAUUGGUGCAAAAAUGUUGCUUCCAACUAUCACACAGUAAGUUACCUUGUGAUUUUAAUGUUGUUUUCAGUUAUUAAUUUUGCUAGGGAGUUGAAAAAUUUGGACUUAGUAAAAAUGGCAUUUCCAAAGUAUUCAUUUGUGGCAGUAUAUGUGUAUGGGUGUAUGUUCGUGAGUGUGAGAAGGGCAGUUUGCAUAUUUAAUGCACACUCCAUUUGGAAUCCUAAAAAUUACCAUAACACUUUCUACAACUGAGGGGUUCAGACUCAAAUGGAGUUUCCUUUUUAAUCAUUUUUUGAUGUCUCCAUAAAUGGGGAAGACCUAUAGUUAAAUUUCAGAAGUUGUCAUUCAUUCAUUCAAUUGUAUUUAUUGAGCACUUACUGUGUGCAAAGCAUUGUACUACGUGCUUGGGAUUGUAUCAUAUAAACAAUAAAUCGUUCUGCAAUGGCAGCUACAGAAAUCUGUGACAAAGGACAAUCUGAUGGAAGAGUCAGAAAUAAGUCACUGGGUGUGUAGUAGUAUCCACUACACUCCCGUCUCAGGCUUCCAACUCGAGCCAAUGCAGUUUCUGUGCUUCUUCACAUUUUGCAAUGCUAGGGGGACUCACUGUAGGCCUUUCCUUUGUAAAAAUGAACUGUAAUAAAUUAGUAAGUGAGAUUAAAUCAUCAGGAUACAAAUUCAGUAUUAAAAGAACAUGCUGACAGUUAAUUGUGUGUACACCAGAUGAGCUUAAAUAGGCACACAGUGCUCAUUUUGCAAGGGAGGGUUCAGUCACCAGUUCUAGAGUAACUGCACGUCUGAUUUUUUAAAGAUGUCUCUCCAAAUGGACUACUCGCCUUUGAGGCACAAUUAUCUUACACUUGGAAAACCUCUCUUUGCAUUUUUAUAUCAAAAGCAACAGGAUUAUGGUUUUAUGUCAAACAUUUUGCUUUUUAAAUAGAACAUGAGAAUUAUAGUUUUCCAGAAACUGAUCAUUAUUUUACUUUAUUUUAAUGUCCAGGUAAUGUACAAAGGGCAGGAAAAGAUCAUGUUUAUAUUUCUAAGUGUUACUGGCUGGUUCAGUACCUCACCUUACAUUUUGUGCUUAUUUAUUUAGAUUUAUUUUAAGGGGAUUUUCUGAUUUUAUCUUUUUGUAAGUGGAAAACUGUGUUGAGAUGAGCAUGCGUUCAAUUAUCAUGAUGCUGUUUGUAUAAUUACUGUGUAGUAUAUGUUUUGAUUUCUUGUACCCAUGAGUUCAGUGUUUUUAAGCGUAAUUUUAUUUUUAAAUCAGUGACUGUUUUUUUCACCUAAAAGAAUGGUUUGACUUGUCUGUGCACCGUGUCACCAAUAACUGUAAUAACUUCAAGAGCUAGAGCGCAAAGGUAUUUAUUUAGAACUAUAUCAAAUUGAGAUUGAUUCCUUAAACUUAAGCCCAGUUUUAUCAGAAGAUACGAUAUUCUGUGUGUGUUAUUAAUCUUAAGAGAGACAAAACCAAGGUAACUUUUACAAAGCAGCUGAGUUGGCACUGAAUACGAAUUCACACCCAAAAAUCUAAGGAAAGCGCUGAUGGUACUGUUCUUUUGCUUGUAGUUCUGUUAGUAAAACUAGUUUCCAGUAUCAGUGGUGGGUUUUCAAAUGAGUGGCCAACAACUGUAGCCAUAGCUCUUCAAUUUUGCCUCUGGAAUUUUUUCCAGAGUGGAUGAUCAGGAUGAAUCUAUAAAACAAGAGCAAUCAGCUAGAUCCAUGGUAAAAAAAAAAAAAGAAAAGAAAAGAAAAAGCUAAGGCCUCCACCCUCUUCCAGAGGUUUCUUAUUGGUAGCCUCUUUUCCCAGAGAGUUUGGGUAGUUAAUUUCAAACCUGCUGUAGAUGUUUGCCUUCAAGACUUGAGACCCAUUUCCUUUAGCACAGAGCUUGCAGAGGAAGCCGGGUGUGCUAAAAGGAGAGGAAGAUAUUCACCAAGAAAAAUUGGACUGUCUGUGCUCAGGCGAGGGUAUACUGUAUAAUCAAACUGCCCUUGGUGAGGAAAGAUAAGCUGUAACAGGGGAAUGGAAGAACACUGAUGCCUUGAAUGCAGAACAAGUUGCUUUGAAUCUCAAAAAAGUAAAUUGGGGACAUUUUUAAAAUCGAAUAACCUUUAAUUGCAUGAAUUGGUGUAAUCCCACUUGCUGAUGAAAGGGCUGUUACCUCAUGUGAAAAAUCAAUUUCAGCUAGUUUUACCACAGGGUAAAAUUUAUCAUCACUUGAAGGUACUGACAUCUAUUUGUAAGAAAUCUAAUAUUCUUCAAGAACUGUAUUUGAAAGCGUAAAAUCUGGCUUGUAAUUUAAAAUCUUCAGGAAAAAAUAAAAUAUGUCUCAGAA